AUGGGAUCGGCUUUAGAUUUCUUGCUAACUCGCGCAUCUAAAACCCAUCUAAUCAUCCAUAGCAUCGUAAAAUCCAAUAAAACUGUCAGCCGUGUCAAGAUACAUCUGCAAUGUAUCGGUAAUUUGUUGUCAAUAGAAACCCUAAACCUUAGUGCAUACUCUAUAUCUCAAAAAUAUCCGCGGGGAUUGAGGAAUUUAAAUAUCGCGAAAUCAGCCUUGUAA